CUAUGUUCCAAAAAAAUUAAUUAACUUUUGAAGAAAAUUUGGUAACUGAUUGUGUAGCUUUUUGUGUAUGUUACAUCUACAUUUGUGUCCACUUUGUCAUUUUUGUUUUGUCCUUUGUUUGUUGGUUCUUUCUUUGGUUGUGAGCGUGUUUCAUGCUCAGUUGCUUUUUAUUCUCUCUGCAACAACCCAACACAAGAUAAUGGAAUCAAUCUGAAUUUCUCUAGUACAAACCAUUCACAGAUCUCAACGAUCUCACUCACAUUUUCACCUUUCAAUACUAAAGUUUUUACCUUUAUAGUAUGCUUUUUCAGUUGGAUUCAAAUUCUCCAACUUGGUUGACAUACGAAAGCUAUUUUGGCAUCUGGGUUCUGUUUGUUUAUGCUCAUUGAAUUGUGUCUUAAUGGAAAGUUGAUAUUUUGUUCAAGGGUUGUUUACUUUAUGAGAAUCUGAUUCUAAAGAGUGUUUUUUUUUUUUUUUUGUGUGUGGAUAAGGUGAUAAGGAUUCAACUUUGUGGGAAUGUGUUGUCUCAAGUUAUUAAUUAUGGUGAAUUUAACCACUGGUUAAUGGUUGUGUAAAGAAGACAUUAUAGAAGUGAUUAUUGAGAAUGGAAUUUUGUAGUUUGGUUUUGUGGUUACUUGGUUUGUUACUUCAUGUGUUGAUGAAGGUUUCUUCUGCUGCUCUUUCUCCUUCUGGCAUAAACUAUGAAGUUGUUGCUUUGAUGGCUAUAAAGAAUGAUUUGAAUGAUCCUCACAAUGUUUUGGAGAAUUGGGAUAUUAAUUAUGUUGAUCCAUGCAGCUGGAGGAUGAUUACUUGUACUCCAGAUGGUUCAGUUUCUGCACUGGGAUUUCCUAGUCAGAACUUGUCUGGCACACUAUCUCCAAGAAUUGGAAACCUUACUAACUUGCAAUCUGUGUUACUUCAGAACAAUGCUAUUUCUGGUCAUAUUCCAGCUGCAAUAGGAAGCCUGGAAAAGCUUCAAACACUUGAUCUCUCCAAUAAUGAAUUUAGUGGCGAGAUACCGAGUUCUUUGGGAGGCCUCAAGAACUUAAAUUAUUUGCGGAUAAAUAAUAACAGCCUUACAGGAGCCUGCCCUCAGUCUCUUAGCAACAUUGAAAGCUUAACCCUUGUGGACCUCUCCUACAACAAUUUGAGUGGUUCAUUGCCAAGAAUACAGGCAAGAACAUUAAAGAUUGUAGGUAACCCGUUAAUUUGCGGUCCAAAAGAAAAUAAUUGUUCUACCGUUUUGCCCGAGCCACUUUCCUUCCCGCCAGAUGCAUUAAAAGCCAAACCUGACAGUGGUAAAAAAGGCCAUCAUGUAGCACUUGCUUUCGGUGCAAGUUUUGGUGCUGCUUUUGUCGUUGUAAUUAUAGUUGGGCUUCUUGUUUGGUGGCGGUAUAGACACAAUCAACAAAUAUUCUUUGAUAUCAGUGAGCAUUACGACCCUGAAGUGCGCCUUGGUCAUUUAAAAAGGUAUUCAUUCAAAGAGCUUCGUGCCGCAACUGACCAUUUCAACUCAAAGAACAUUCUAGGAAGAGGUGGUUUUGGAAUAGUUUACAAGGCAUGCUUGAAUGACGGAUCUGUUGUGGCUGUCAAAAGGUUAAAAGACUAUAAUGCAGCUGGUGGUGAGAUCCAAUUUCAAACCGAAGUCGAGACGAUAAGUUUGGCUGUCCAUCGGAAUCUUCUGAGGCUUCGUGGGUUUUGCAGUACUCAGAAUGAAAGACUCCUUGUUUAUCCAUAUAUGUCUAAUGGAAGUGUAGCCUCUAGAUUGAAAGAUCAUAUUCAUGGUCGACCAGCUCUGGAUUGGACACGGCGAAAGAGAAUAGCUUUAGGUACAGCAAGAGGUUUGGUUUAUUUGCACGAGCAAUGUGACCCGAAAAUUAUCCAUCGCGAUGUCAAAGCAGCCAACAUAUUGCUAGAUGAAGACUUCGAAGCAGUUGUUGGUGAUUUUGGUCUAGCUAAGCUUUUAGAUCAUAGAGAUACCCAUGUGACCACUGCCGUGCGUGGCACCAUUGGUCACAUUGCUCCGGAGUACCUAUCCACCGGUCAGUCUUCAGAAAAGACUGACGUGUUUGGGUAUGGAAUCUUGUUGCUUGAGCUUAUCACAGGUCAUAAGGCUCUAGAUUUCGGUCGAGCAGCAAACCAGAAAGGCGUGAUGCUUGAUUGGGUUAAGAAGCUACACCUGGAAGGAAAAUUAAGUCAAAUGGUAGAUAAAGAUCUGAAGGGAAACUUUGACAUAGUUGAAUUGGGAGAAAUGGUUCAAGUAGCACUCUUGUGUACACAAUUCAAUCCGUCACACCGUCCGAAGAUGUCAGAAGUAUUAAAGAUGUUAGAAGGGGACGGUUUAGCUGAGAAAUGGGAGGCGUCGCAGAGGAUUGAAACACCAAGGUUUCGGUUUUGCGAAAAUCCGCCUCAAAGAUAUUCAGAUUUUAUAGAAGAAUCAUCACUGAUAGUAGAAGCAAUGGAGCUUUCUGGCCCAAGGUGACACAAUAAUCUUUGUUUAGAUACCACUAUAGCUCUCAUGGUUAAAGAGGACAUUGUUAUUAGUGUCUAUAGCUAGCUAUGUAAUGCUUGUAUUCAUCUGUAAAAAGGAAAAAAAAAAACAAAACAAAAAAGGAAAGUCAUGUAUAAGAGUAUUUUCUUUGUUUGAAUGUUGAUUUUGUUGCUUCAUAA